GAUCAUGAAAAUAUGUCGGUGCGGAAGCGUACGAAGAAACUCUGUGAAAUUUGUUCCAACUCGGUGGAAAUUGAAGUGACGGUCGCACCGUUUCGUGCGUUCGACGAUGCGGCGGACGUCCUCAGGCAUUACAAUAUUUUCCGUCAGAAUAAAAACCUAUUGAACGUGCAGCUGUGUCAUCAGUGUUUUUCACUGGUGAAACUUUGUGAUGACCUCAGUGCCGAACUUUCAGGGAAAGUCAAGCUGCUGAAGGAGCUGAAAUCCGGGAUGACCCAUCACGAGGAAGACGCAAUUUAUUCGUUGAACGGCUCUGAUCCGUUCCUAAAGGUGAUCCAAUUGGGCCAUGAGCCAGAAGUCAAGUCCUCCAUCCCUUCACACACCAACGACGACAUUAUUCAAGACCGAUUGUCGACUCCAAUUCGAAAAACUAGUCAUAAGUUUCCUGUAUCUUCAUCAGAUAAGUCAAGAAAAAGAUCUCAAGCUGCGUUCGAGUCCCAGAAAUCCUUCCCAAUCAUCUCGACUGUCCACCAUUUUUUUGCUGAAUCUGAAAAUGAUUUGAAGGAAACGCCGAUGGAAAUUCUGGGUGACCAGAAACGUUCUCCUGUGCUUUUAGCUCGUGUACCGAACUAUGAAAGAAAAUCGACAGAACCUGACCAAUUGGAAUCCGUGAUCUCAAUACUGGAGGAGUAUGAAAAUCUGUUGGGAAAAGGUUACGGUUAUUCGCCUGGGGAAGAUUCUCGUCUUGAGACGGACAACAAAGAAAAAGAACUUGCAGACGACGUUUUAAUAGAGGAAACUGACGAAGAGGAUGUUGAAGAAAUAGAAGAAGAAGACCACGAUGACGUGAUGGAAAGUGACGAAGAUUUUAAUACACCGGGGAAGAAGAAAGGUCCUGUUGUUCGUUGGUCCAAAGACGACCCGGGGUGUAAAAAUCCGCGACCUUGUGUGAAAUUUGUUGAAGACUCUGCCGAUGCGUAUUUGGUGGAUGAUUACGUGUUUGAGGCCAGGAAAAUCCCCUUGUGUCCGGAAUAUUUGGUGUUCGUGCAGUGCAAAGGAGAGAAAGGUCCUCCAGUCGAGGACCGUGGCAGCAAAAAGCCUGUGAAAUGCGGGGUCUUGGGAGUGGUGAAUUUGAACGAGAAAUGCUUUUACUACAGUUUUCACGAAAGCAAAGAAAGUCACAAGCACAAGUCGAGGGUUGAGGAAACAAAGCGUCGGAUGGCGAUGCAGGAUGCAAAGAAGAAGAAUCUUUGGAGAGCCGGACCACGGACCAAGCCUUUCGUUUGUGAUCUCUGCCCGUAUCAGACCCAAGCAAAGUAUGCCCUCUACAUGCAUUAUGCCAGGAUUCACAAAAUACCGAAUGCCAAGAGGUGUUUCGAGUGUGGUCGAUUCUUUGCUCAGGAAACCGAGUACGAAAAACACAUGGCCAUGCAUCUCGAGGAAUACCGAGACACGGUGUCUUGUUUAACGUGCCGGAAAGUGAAAUCCGCGAACCGAAGUUUCAGAAGACACAUGAGAAAUGCGCAUGGGAACAAAGUCUGUUGGACGCAUGAAGAAAGAAGGGCUGCUGGGAUCUCGUUGUUCAUUUGUGGACUCUGCAAGUUUUUCACGUCAGCGAUGGACGACUUCAAUCUGCAUCGCUUUGCGGAACAUUUCGGAAAGAAGUCGGUCAAGUGCGAUGAAUGUGAUACCUUAGUCUGCGGGAUGCGAGCCUUGAGAGAUCAUAAGAAUGUGAAACACAGUGCAGCUUGUCUCUACGAAUGUGUUGACUGUCACAUGACCUUCAAAACGCGACAAUCGUUUGGUUGGCACCGAGUCACGCACAAGGCGAAACCCGAGGAAACGGUUUGUUCGUUCUGUGGACUGCUUUUUUCGACAAUCAAGAUGAGAGAGCACAUGCACACGUUCCAUCCUGAACAGAUUGUUGAUCAAAAUCUUAUUGUAAUGCCACAGGUGGUAUUCGAGUGUCGCGUCUGUGAAGAAGUCCUUCCGACUCGAAAGGACUUGCACGCCCAUCAAGAAGAAAAGCACGGGAAAGUGAAGCCCCACUACCCUCGACUCCGGCGUCCCGAAACCGUGGAGUGCGCCUACUGCGGCACGACUUUGCGCCAGGCCGCCUACACCCGCCACCGGAUCCGCGUCCACGGCGUCGCCUUCAUCGGAGAAGACGUGUUUCCCUGCACGGGUUGCUCGCAAAAGUUUGAACGCCUCCGGUUCCUCAAGGUGCAUCAAAAGGAGGUUCACGGAUGGCAUUACGAGUGCCAAGUGGACUCAGGGAUCCAGUGUAAAAUUUGCCACGAGGCCAUUCGAGUGCGACGAGAGUUUGUGAGGCAUUUGAAGAAACAGCAUCGAGUUUUGGGCAUCACGAAUAAGACUUUUAUGCAGUAUGUUGCUGUGCCUGAGGGCGCUGUUGAGCUCGUGCCGGUGAAAAGUGCGGGGCGGAAAAGUGGCGCCGCUGUCAAGGAUGAGGAGGAAAAGGAACCGUUGAUAGUGUAG